AUGCCACGUGGGAGGCGGAGGAGCCGCCGCCGGCGCCGGCCUGGAGCCCCGGGGCCCCCCCAGGCGCAGGGGGCGCCGCUGGCGGGGCGCCGAGAGGCGGGAGGCUCCCGGGAGCGGGCGGGGCCCGGCCUGCCCCGCUGGGCCCCGCGGGAGGAGGUGCUCGGCGGCGCCCAGGGAGAGCUGGGCCUAGCGGGGCUGGGCCCGGCCCCGCCCGGUAGCGCGGCGGGGCCUGCCGGGCUCUCCCACCCGUGGGCCGCCCCCGUCCCGCUUCUCGCCCCGCUCCUGGCCCCGCCGGCCCCCCGAGCGCAGGGCAGCGGCCUGCCCGCCGCGCUGGGCAUCUUCCGGGAGCUGGCCGGGCUGGCGCGGGAGCCGGGGCCCGGGGGCAGCAGGGCGGGGGCGGCGCCGCGGCUGAGAACCGUGUACGUGAACCCCAGGUGGCUGGAGCGGCAGGCGGCCUUGGCGGCGGCCCCGGAAGGCCUAGUCGGGCCGCAGGGCCCGGAGGCUGCGAGCAGCUCGCUGGGGCCUCCGCCCGCCACCCAGGGGGAGCCCUGCCCGGAGGCAGCGAGUCCCUACGUGGGGCUGCGGAGACCCCUGGGCUACCAGCUGGCCAAGGCCACCAAGGAGCGGAUCUGGAGGGGGGAGUUCAUUGACCUGUUCUCCUUGCUCCACACAGAGCUGGCCCCGGAGCACGAGCCUGGCCAGGGGCUGGGGGACACGCUGGACCAGUGGGUCUCCGCCUUCCUGGUGUACGCCAGUGUGCUCUGCGAGAAGCACCCCAACAGGUGUGGGGCCAUGUUCAAAUACCUGGAUGUCAUCCGCAAAUUCCACGCCACUUACGGCGGCACUUCCUGGCUGCACUAUGACGAGGACUUCAGGCGGCUGGCGGCCAAGGACCCCACCAUGGCCUGGGGGGAUGUUGACUUGAAUCUCUGGAUGAAGUGGAUGGCCCCGUUGAAGCCAUCAACAACCAGGCAGCCGCAGGCUGCGGGUGACCAGCAGGCUCCACUGCGGCCUCAAAAUUCCAGGACGGAUGAUAAAAGUCAGACUUCUCAUUUCUGAAAUGUAGCAGAUCAGUUUUUACUUCACUGCAGAUCUUACCAUGUGAGUACUCUAAAUAUAACAUGUUAGACAUAUUUUUUCAUCCUGUUAGAGAUUGGAUUUGCAGUUUGUAAUCUUAAUCAGACUCUUAAUUCUGUUAAAGGUUAUUCUAAUUAUUAGUACUGGGUAUGGAACAGCUGUUGUAUUAAGCACCAGAGGGCUUGAUCCUCUUCCUAUUGAAGUCAGUGGCAAAACUCCCUCUGAUUUCACCAGGAAUAGGAUUGGGCUCAAAUCUGCAGUGUUUUCCUAAGAAUUUGAGGAAGCUGUCAGAACUUACUAGCAUAUACAAAAGUGUUAAAUGUGUGUGGGAGGGUUCUUUUAAAUGGGUUCAGAUAAACAGUUUGUAUUUUACGGUAAGGGCUUGUCUAAAAUGAAAAAUUGUGUCCACCUUAACUAUAAUGGUAGUUAACUCUAUCAGUGUAUUUAAAGCAGUAUAGCUGCCCCUAGCAUGAAUGCAGUUGUAUUGGUAUAAAAGAGCUUAUAUCAGUGUAGCUUCCCAUAAGGAAAUAAUCUCUCAUACCGCUAUAACUGCAUCCACACUGGAGCACAUACAGGUAUAACUAUUUGAGUUUUAAAAAAAAAAAAAUUAGCAUUCCUAACUGAAAUAGCUAUGCCAGGAUAUCUGUUAUAGACCAGACCUAAGUUAAAGUGUGAGGCUUCCAUGGCAGGGCACUGAUGGAGGCACAAAAGUGUGGUGGAGUUGCUUUCCUUAUGGGUGACCUGCAAAGGAAAACAUUUCUUUUUCUGAGCUAUUUAUUGCUCCUUUAUGAUGUAUAAAGAUGGUCUCCAAGAAAUAAAAGUUGUGUUGUCUGUGCUGGAAGACUAUAGAACUAAAUGGAAUAGUAACAUCACAUUAAACUUAAAUCUUUUUCAUUUCUUGAAUGAGAGAAGGGGAUGCUGUCUUCACAUAGGGAGCUUUUCUCCCAGCUGUUUGUUUGAAUAUUUCUUUUCAUUUUUUUUGUUUCAUAAAAACAAAACAAUAAAAAAAUUCAGUUUGAA